AUGCCGGAGGCUGCCAUCUUCUCUUACUAUUACGUUUUGGAAAGCAUGCAUAACAGUGUCCUCCUACAGAGAACGACCACCGCCGUUGCGACCUCGUCGCGCGCCCCCGACGGGCCUCCCCCUCCCGGUGAGGGCUGGGGUGGUCGGCAGCCAGCCGAUCGUCCUGUCUUCCCGGAGGAUGAUGAUGAGGGGGGGACCCCGAGCAGGGUGAAGAAGACCCUCGCCAAGAUCACAACAGACGUUCCCGGCGCCGCGUUUCAGAGCAGCUCCAGUCGGCAUGAGAAGUAUUUGGAAAUGAGGGAACUAGGCGAACAAAUUAUUACAGAAUGGAGAAGGAGGCACGCGGAGCAGGCCCGCGCAAGGCGAGAGCAGCGGGAAGAACAACGUUUGGUCCGGUUCAACUCUCGUGGCCGCGGCCGUGGUGGCCCCUAUCGCACCGAGAGGCCCGGUCGCUCGGCUCAGCGACAGGCCACAGCGGCAGAUAACCAGCCCACUGCCAGUGGAGAAGGUCGCCAGGACCAAGGCACUCGGCGGGAUGAUAUGCGCCGGGGUGCAAAGAAGGACGAGAAGGGCAAGGAGAAGAAGUAG